AUGUGUGGCAGUGGUAUCGAGCCAAACGUGGUUGUGUACAGCUGCUUGUUGCCGGGGUACUGCAAGUCCAGCCGGUGGCAGGACGUAGGCAAGGUGUUUGAAGAAAUGUCCGGGCGGGGGAUUCAGGCAGAUGUGAUCAUGUUCACUGGUUUAAUCGAUAGCCUGUGUAAAGAGGGGAAGACAGGAAAGGCCGCAAGGGUGAAGGGCAUGAUGGUGGAGCGGGGGAUGGAGCCAAAUGCAGUAACGUACGAUGUGCUGAUCAAUUCCCUGUGCAAGGAAGGAUGGGUGAGGGAGGCAAUGACUCUAAAGAACGAGAUGGUCGCGGUGGUUCCUGGUGCAGAGAAGUGCCUUCUGUAUUCCAUGAGAAUGUGGGGAGACUCCGUUAGAGAACUUGUGGCAUCCGGAGCCAUUUUAAAUGAGAUUCUCAUAUGGAAAUUGACACCACAAAAUCUCGGAUCCUCCUUGUUACGCUCGUAUGAAGGGGAUACUUCUGAUGUAAAUGAUAACGAAAUCAUACAUCUUGGUGCUAAUCAGUACAUGACAGUUCAUCUUGGUAGGCUGAAGGAACAUGAAGGUUCAAUAUUCCGAAUAGCGAAUAGCUUGGUCCACUGA